UGAGACCAGACAGGGUCGAUCGAUUUUUCGUAGCUCCGCGAACAAUUUUUACAAUUUUUCUAUUUACGUUUCAACGAAAAUAAAAAUCUGUGCUCUUAAACUCAAAGACUUGUAUUAUUACAACUAAAUCAAAGAGAACUCCUUCUUCGGUUAAACCCGUGUGACUCUCAGAAACGGAAAAAAUGUGGCAAAAAAAAUUUCUACAAAUUUCUCGACGACUCUCAAAAAAUACCUUGAGGGACUUCCACGUGGCGGGUAAUUCGUGUUUUCGGAACUUCAAUGAAAACGAAAACAACGGAUCGGACGUUGCCAAGAGAACGCCAAGGAUACUCAUCACUGGUGGCCUCGGACAAUUGGGUACCGAGUGCGCGAAAUUGCUUCGAAAAAAGUAUGGAAACGAGAACGUGAUACUUUCCGAUAUAAUCAAGCCGACUGUAGAAAGCCUUUCGAGCGGACCGUUUAUCUUUGCCGAUAUCCUUGACUUUAAAGGUCUUCAGAAAAUCGUGGUAGACUACGGGGUCGACUGGCUGAUUCAUUUCAGCGCUCUGCUCAGCGCUGUCGGCGAACAAAACGUUCCGCUUGCUGUGAGAGUCAACAUAGAAGGAAUGCACAAUGUUAUUGAACUGGCCAAACAGUACAAAUUAAGGAUAUUCAUUCCGUCGACAAUCGGAGCGUUUGGUCCGGAUUCACCAAGGAAUCCCACUCCAAAUAUUACUAUUCAACGACCGCGAACGAUUUAUGGCGUCAGUAAAGUUCACGCCGAGCUAAUGGGCGAAUAUUACCACCAUAGAUUCGGGUUGGAUUUUCGUUGUCUAAGAUUUCCGGGAGUGAUCAGUAGCGACCCACCGGGCGGUGGUACCACAGAUUAUGCUGUUGCAGUUUUCCACGAAGGAUUGCUUAAUAAAACAUACGAAUGUUAUUUGGAACCUUACACGAAACUACCGAUGAUGUACAUAGAAGACUGUCUGUCCGCGCUCUAUAAGUUCUUAAAUACUCCGAACGAACAAUUGCAAAGGCGUGUUUACAACGUCACUGCAAUGAGUUUCACGCCCGAAGAACUAUUUUGCGAGCUUAAAAAACACGUUCCAGAGUUAAAGAUUACAUACAAACCGGAUGGAAGACAAUAUAUUGCUGAAAGUUGGCCACAAGUUUUCGACGACAGCGAGGCGCGACGUGAUUGGGGAUGGCAACACAAAUACAAUUUAGAGAGACUCGUGGAGUCAAUGAUACGCGACGUGAAAGCACAUUUUCUGUCCAAAAGAUCGUUAAAGCAGGUCAACAGUUACGUAUAACAUAAUUUAUUUUAUAAUAAAAAUAAAACGUAAAAAUACUUUAAUAAUAUUUGUACUAUUUACUUUCACAUGUCUCCACUCA